GCAACAAAUAUCAACAUGCAACCUUGAAUAAAUUUAAAUUCUUUUUAGGAAGCGGCAAAAUUAAUAAGUUUAUUAUCGGCAAAUUUUAUAUGAAUGAAAACUAAACUCUACAUAUGAAUAAACAUUUUUGUUUGAAACGAAAAAUAAUCAUUAAUACUAUCAAGUAUUUCCAUCAUUAAAGGAUAUGUUUCCAUAAGAAGUCAACUUGAUAAAUGAUGAAAUAUGUGAUAAAAUGCUUGUGUAACCUCCUUUUGAUAAUGUACAAAAUUGCAUUUUUUGAUUGAUGUAGGAAAAUUCUUAUGGAAGUCAAUGGUCUGGUUGUUGCUGCAAGUGAGAAAAUAAGCAUGGAACUAUGUAUUGGAUUGCUGCUUUUGCUAUACAAUGCUGAUAUGGACAUACAUUUCUACAUUUUAGUCUGUGAUAAAGUCAUUACUACAUGGGAAAAAAUCUAUGUGAAUCAGUAUUAUAAAUUCUCAGACUUAAAAGUUGGAAUAUUACAAACUUCCCCAGGUGGAAAAAUAUUUUUACUGAAAACAACAGAGACCUCUACUUUUUCUCAUAUUAAUAGACUCCAAAUUAAAGAAUUUCAUUUGGUGGAGAAUUUGAAAAUUUUAAUUUCAUUUCCUGGAAUUGAUAGAUUAAUUACAAGUUCAACAUCUUUUGGAUCUAGUUUAGUAUCCUAUCAAGGCCUUGUAACUAAACUAAGAAACUCAGAAAUUGGAAUUUAUGAAUUGGAUUCUAAAGUUUUAUUGUACAUGACUUUUAAUACGGGUUGCAUAAUGCUCACUGUAGGUUCAGAAAUAAUUAUAUCAAAUGCUCAUCUAAUUAAAAAUGAUAGAGGUACUCCAAUCCUUGUAUGCUGUGGUUUAUCCUGUGUGAAAAAUUCUAAGCCCAAUGACAUGUCGCAAUUUGUACCAAAUAAUCCACAUUUUGUCAACUUUUGCAUUCAGUAUGAUUUGAAUAUAUUUGAUUUAUUAUGGUUUGAAAGAUUAUUAUCAAGAUUUAAAAAAAAGUUCAGCUCAGUGAUUGCAGAUGAAGAAAUUUUAUUUCAACAGAAUUGCAGUUUUUUAAAAAAUAUUUUGGAAUAUUUUCUUUGUCCUGAAAAUGAGGCAACAAGUAAGAAGUUUAGUUUAGUCGAGGAGUUUUCUAGCAACCCUCACCGAUGCUUUCCUUUCUUAGAGAGCAGAUUGCCGACUGAUUGCAGUGUUCCAUGUCUGUCCGAUAUUCUAGAUGGCAUCGUUAAAAAAGGUUCUUGGAUCGAGGCUGGUGCAAGAUGGGAAUAUUGUGUUGGGAAUCAAGAUAACUCGGUUAUAAUUGGGAUACUGGCUAUAUCGACACAUGGAAAUUUUUAUAUUGCUGAUAGAACUUUAAACUUACCAAUCAUUCUUACUGAAGACUGCGAUGAUUGUUGUCAUGACCAGAGUAUUAUUGAAAAAUUCAAAAAUUCCGAAUUUGCUUCUGUAGUUGCCAUUCAAGAAUAUGACAUAAUAGUAGAAAAUAUUUUCUGUGAACGUGGGAUUCAACAAUCUAUUCAGUAUAUAAGAACCUCAUUUUGUCGUGUGUAUCCAUUAUUUUCUCUUUGUAAAUCAAUAUCAAAUGACUUUUUCACCCUGCACAAUUCUAAGUGUUAUUCAGAAAAGGAUGCUGAAAGUAUUGAAAGUAACAGUGAUUUUCACAAUAACUCACAAGAAAUAAAUCACCGUUUUUUAGUGCUAAGCAAAAUUUGGACCUUUCAAAGCGAAGUUCCAUGUUACUCCCACAUUUUGGUGUUAUUUUUGUCUGAAAAUUCUCAGAGUGAGAUUCAUUUUGAUGAUGAAAAUGAAAGCAUCUCGGAAGGCACGUUUAAUUUUGGAGACGAUGCGGAAUUUGCAAAUUUAAUAAGUGAACUGAGCGUCUUGCACAUUGAAGAUAAACAAGUUAAAUUAGGGUAUUUAUACUUUGAUACUACCGAUCAGAACAAUGUGUUUUUCCCUGGACAUAUUUAUUCUAUUGCACCAAAAGACGACAGCAAAAAGUUUCAAUUGACUUUUGAGGAUAUAGGUGAAAGGAUGUUUACCUGGACAAUCACUCCGGACAUGAAAGUUGCCCAUGAUCCAAUUUGUACGGGUGACCAUGGCAUGGAAGACUGCGAAGGUGCCGAAUAUCAUGGAAUAAAGGAAAUUCUUUUAAAAAGGCAUUUGAAUCGAAACUGGAUUGUGACUUGCAUUCUCCAAGAUAAGAUGUAUGAAGAUGUGGAAAAUAUAAAUAAAGGCAAAGCGAAUACUACCCUUUGCAUGAUUGUGAAGGAUGUGAGAUCGGAAGAAUGCUCUAUUAAAGCUUAUGUUCCUCAUUUCGUGGGAAGUUUCUGUGGAUUACUACCAGGGGCUUCAUUGCAACUCUGUGGCUUUUUGUGUUUUGGUUCACAGAACAGAAGUUUAUAUCUUAAGGCAUCACCUACAUUUGGAAUAUCGGUAAAGCAACCUAAAGCACUUUCUAAGGGAUACAGAUCUACUGGACUUCCAAAUGGAGAUUUCCUGAGUGGAAACAAUUUCCACUCCCCUCUGCAGAGUAUCUGCUUGGUGGUGAGAAUAAUGUUUGCUGAAAUCUUUUUGGCUUGCAGCAAAUGUGGCAGAACUUUUCUCAAGAAAUGUCUGUGCUAUAGCCAUCAGAAAAUUAAGGUUAAACUAAACGUCCUGAUUGAUGAUGGAAAUCAAGUGCUUUCAGCUCACUGUGAUGAAGAGGCGGCUAAAAAGAUUCUUAAUAUCGAUCCCAGUGAAUGGCAGUCUCUGGUUUCUUACGUUGAAAUUUCACACCAAUCUUUGAAAUUUUCUGAUAAAACUUCCAAAAGCAAAAUUGCUUUGCUACCCAUCAUGAAUCAAGUAUUUAAUAUUUAUUGUUCUGGCAAAGCAACAUCUCGAAAGCUGAUGUUUAAAUAUAUUUAUGUCCCAAAAUCUUAUUUAAAUCCAGCGUAUGUUCCUUCAGUUUGGUGCAAAAGUGUUGAUGAUGUUGACUGUCAAACACAUUUGCAAAAUUUAUAUUUAAAGUUGAAAAAUAAUGGUCAUAAUCUGUCUAAACAAUCACAGGAUUUUUCUUUGUUUGAUUGUUUUACAAAUGCAAAGAAAAUGAGCUGAUAUUUUAGCAUUUUUUUAGAAGAUCUGCUUUAAUUUUUUUAUAAGAAACAUCUCUGUCCUCAUGUAAAUUUAUUUAAUUUUGGACAAAAUUGUGUAUUUUUUAGUAUAUAAAUAAAUAUAUUAUACACGUUG